AUGAGUGAUCUGAAGCACGAUCCGUCCUUCUCUUACCAAAGCGUCAAUCCCACACCCGAACACCAGAUCUCCGAGGAUGAAGCGAUAAGGCCUCAGAUCGAGCUGGGAGCUCAUCCCCAAAUGGCACGGAAACGAGGGUCUUUGGCAACAAUCAUCUGGCAGACGAUCGCCCUGCUGUGGCUCGUUCCUGUCGUCGCUCUGCUCUACCUCAACUUCACCGAGUACAUCAUUGGAGCGAGUGCUUGGUGUCCUAAAGGUCAAUGCUGGCUGGACAUGUUCAACCCCAACCAGGCCAUUCCACGACAGAGGGCGAGGGAGUUCAAUAAAGCCAGCCAUGAUCUCCUUGGGGGACUACAGUUCGUCGCGAAAGCUCUGGAGGUCUGGUUCGGCAUCAUCGCUGCGGCUUUGAUGUACAUACUCACGAUGAAGGCGGCUGGCUACAAAGAGGGCCUCCCUGUCGGCUAUUUGACUCGACCACUGGAGUUUGCGGAUCCGAUAACACUUCUUGACCCACUGUUAUGGAAGACUGGGCCCUCGCCAUUCGGUAAGAAGAGCGCAGCAGAUAAGCGAGUUGGUCUACGAGUCUGGCAGCUGAUCGGACUGUCACUGUUCCUCUGCGUUCUCAUCAACCUGAUGGGUCCAGCUACUGCUGUUUUGGUGAUUCCGGCAUUAAACAUUAUCCCAACCGCCAAGGUGGGACAGCGUGUAUUCCAAGGCUUGAACGCAGCAGAGCCGCCGAGUACCAGGGCCGAUUCCUGGAUUUGGUGGAACCUUCACGCCAGCACGCAUUGUACUAAGCAAGAGAUCCAAGCCAAAAACUACUCGUGCACUUUGACUCCUUUUGGCGAUUCUAUGGAUGCGUGGGUCAGCACUUACAUCGCGAGCGACGGAGACGCCGGCAUCACCACGCAGCUGGGCUUGUCGUUCGCGGCGAAUUACACCUCCAAAAUCAAGACUGACAACGCGAUGGAGCUGUUAUACGGACUGGCAGAUGGCAAACAACAAUACAAGGACUACACAUGGUGGACUCCAAACCGACAGGUGAUCACGAACCUCUACAAUGACUACCUGGCUGUGAAACUCUUGUCGUUCGGCUUCACCAAGAAAUGGAUCACCAACCAUUCCGCUCGUCAGCUGUACGAUACCGAUCCGAUCAAGACGUACGUGGAGUACAACAAGUCGCUCGAGUUAUCACUUCUCCGCGACGGCGUCGUGCUGGGAGCUGUACCGACGAAAUGGGCUGACUACAACUUCACGGACCACUGGGUGCUGGAGGUAGAUGCCAACCGUCAAGUUCGGUGCUACGACAAUUACGACCUACGGUUCACCGCCUUGUCUACAUCGAGCUGGACUGGCAAGUACACGAGAUGCAUCCGCACAGGUUCAGGCUGGAGCAGCGAGAACAAGAAAGCACAAUUCUUCACCGAUCAGAUCUACAACAACGCGACUGGCAAUACCGACCCGGGUGUCGACAUCACCGUGUACACAUCGGACAAGGCGGCAUACUUCAAGGAUGGCAAACGCCCGUCCUGGAUCCCUGCGCCUUGCCUGAGCGUUGGCCGGCUGCUCAACAACACGAUUUGCCCGUGGGAACGCAUCUUCACCGCGGACGAAGACUCUGACGUGUUUAAUCGUACCCAACACUCCGUGACAGUGGAGUUCUAUAUGGGAAACGGAUCGUCUGACACCCACUUCGUGGUCGACUUUGUGCCCUACUACGACUUUACAAUGUACUCCCUCAACGCCAACCCGGUCUCCAACCCAGCCAAGCUCGUGCAGACCGCCGACCUCCCCGUGCACAACGCGCUCAGCUUUGCCAUGGACCCGAAUUGGUAUGUCGCGGCGUGGUCGACCAGCGAGCAGGGUUCGUUGUUCGCCAACCGGACCACCACUCAGCUCCUGCAGAAUACGAUGCAGAGCCAACUGCAAAAUCCUUCCAACGACUGGAUCUACAAUCAGAAUUACGACUAUCUCGCUCUCAUACCCACCUUGCAAGCCCUUUCCCUCAUCGACUACAGCACCGCUCCCGUCGACAGCCACAUCAACACCAAAGAUCCUGCGCGCCCCAUCCUCUCCCGCUGGGCUCAAAUGUACGUCUGGUCCUAUGGUAUCGGCUCCCGUACCUCCGAGCUCGGCGUCGCUGUCGCCAUCGCAGGCUGCUUGGUCGUGCUGUGGCAAGUCGUGCUGGGUCUCGCGGAUCGCAGACGCUAUCGUAGCCCUACGCAGCUUGUUGUUGCUGCGCUGGAGCAUUCACCACGAGGAGAGUUUGAAGGGAAAGGACAUAAUGAGGUGGAGAUGGCAAGGGUGCGGUUUCAUAUUCGGGAUAACGAUAGUCAGGUCGGGAAGUUCUCCUUCUAUGAGCCGGAGGAGAAGGAGCAGGGGGGUGAAUAUGGUACUGUUGUACACUGA